AUGAUCUACCUGAUUGAUAAGGUGCUCCCUGAGAGCUACUUUGUCAAUAACCUCCGGGCACUGUCUGUGGAUAUGGCCGUCUUCAGAGACCUCUUGAGAAUGAAGCUCCCCGAGCUGUCUCAGCACCUGGACGCUCUGCAGAGAACGGCAAACAAAGAAAGCGGAGGUGGAUACGAGCCCCCGCUCACCAACGUCUUCACGAUGCAGUGGUUCCUCACCCUCUUCGCCACGUGCCUCCCUAACCACACGGUUUUGAAGAUCUGGGACUCCGUCUUCUUUGAAGGUUCAGAGAUCAUCCUGAGGGUGUCGCUGGCCAUCUGGGCAAAACUGGGAGAGCAGAUAGAGUGCUGUGAAACGGCCGAUGAGUUCUACAGCACCAUGGGGCGUCUCACCCAGGAGAUGUUGGAGAACGACCUCCUGCAGAGCCAUGAACUCAUGCAGACUGUUUACUCGAUGGCUCCGUUCCCUUUCCCACAGUUGGCAGAGCUGAGGGAAAAGUAUACCUACAACAUUACACCCUUCCCAGCCACGAUCAAACCCACUUCAGUUCCUGG